AUGCACGACAACCCGCGACCCAAUAUAGCACAGGAACGGCGGGCGGAGAUCGAGCGCCGGUGUUUCGACUCAGCGACCGGUCAAUACCGGUGCGACGAAAUCGGUUGCGGCCGUGAGGUCGCCGAUUACUGGCCGUUACGUAAGCACAUGGAGGGCGUCCACAUACGGACGCCCACAUUCGCAUGUCAUUACCCCUCGUGUGGUAAAAUGUUCAAGUACAAAAACACACUCAACACUCAUAUCAGGCACGUCCACACACGGCAGCGCCCGUUCCAGUGUACGCACGACGGCUGCGACCGCCGGUUCCCCAAUCAGAACCAAUUGGAUAUACAUCUAGUCGUACACCAGACGGAACGGCCCGUCCGGUGCGAUCACGAGGGCUGCGGCAAGAGUUUCAAGUCUGACAUUCAUCUCAAAGCCCAUAAAGUCGGGCACUCAGGCCGACGGAUGGUGAAGUGCACCGUCGAUGGCUGUGACGCCCGCUUUUUUAACCACAAACAGAUGGCCAAACACCGAGUGCUCGAACACGGCUUCGAGCGGCGGGCUAUAGUAAAAUCGUUUGCCUGUAUGUGGCCGGGAUGUGACUACAGGGCCAACUGUAAUCACCGGCUUAGUUUGCAUCAAAACACUCACACCGGCGCCCGUCCUUAUCAGUGCGAAUGGCCCGACUGUGGCAAAGCGUUUCCCAUUCCCAAGAGUCUUAAGGAUCACAUGAAUAUACACAACAAUCUCAAGCCAUACGCCUGUCAUUGGCCCGGAUGUCAGUACCGGUGCGCCAAUAGUGGCAAUAUUGCUAAACACUAUAAACAAGUGCACCAAAAGUGA